UUUACCUUCUUCUUCUAAUCAUCUUCUCUCUAUCCUUGGCUUCUUCGCAUUCCGAUCUUUAGGGUUUCGGAGAAAUGGCGAAAUCGAACAGAUCCAAGACUUCAGAGCGUAUAAUAGGCAAUGGUGAAGUUACUCCGAUUCAAGUCGCCUUCCUCGUCGAUCGAUACCUUUGCGAUAAUCGCUUUUUAAAAACCCGAUCUCUUUUCAGAUCUGAAGCUUCUUCUCUCAUCUCCAAUUCACCUGUUCGCGAAGUUCCGAAUAGUUUGUUACCUUUGAAUGAGAUUUUGAACGAAUACAUUAGUCUCAAGAAGGAGAAGAUGGCGAUGGAUCAGGAGAAAUUGAAACUGGAUCAAGAGAAAACUCGAGUUCAGAAUCUAUUAAAUGGGAUGCAAGAUGUGAUGAAUGCUUAUAACUCCACCGUCCUCGCAUCUCCUCCUCCUCCUCCGGCGAUUGCGGCCGCAGCUUCGAAGGAGGUCCAAGUGGUUGCUUCAAGUUCUAAACAGAACAAUUUCGGUGUCUCUUCUUCAGGCUGCGCCGCUUACAACACAAAUAAUGUUAUGGCAGUAUCAUUACCAGGAAACAAAAGAGUUGGGAAUUUCACAGCACCUUGUAUCAGUCAGUCUAUAACCAAAAAGCGAAAGAGUCCUGAAGUUUCUGUUGGAGCUCCUUCUGUUUCUAGGAAAGGUAUGAAAAAGAUCCCACAAGCUGAUAAGGUGACUAAUUACUUGACAUUUCAAACACCAUCUGAAAUGCAAACGCCGGUGAACAACGGUGUAGCUAAUGAGUCGUCUGAUCUUACAUCAAGUGUGGCAAAGUGUUUGUUUGACAAAUCAGGCACCUCUCCUCCGAUCAAUUCAGCUUGUCCGAGGACACCACAACAGAAAGUAUCUCCUCAGAGUGAUAAAGAAGUUACUCCUACAAACUGCACAAUUGUUACUAAGGAGAGAAUCACAGUCAGUCCUCUCAAACAAAUUGCUUCUUAUACAGUGGAAAGGAGCCAUACGGUUUCUUCUUUUUCGCCGGUUAAAUCUAAUCUGAAAACGUCGAGUAAAAGAGAUCAUGUGAAAGGAAGGCUCAACUUCGAUGACACUGAAGCCACAAUGCAUUUUGAUGCACCUGCCACUGCUGAUAUGAUUUCAACUUCCUCAUCUGGCUCUGAAGCAGAAGCUGAUUUAUUUGACAUAGAUUUCUCCAAUAUAGAUCUUCUGAGUGAAGACUUUUCAUUUUCGGAGCUACUAGUCGAUUUCGAUCUUGGUUGUGAAGGAAUGCCAGACCCUUGCCUUCCACAACCAUCUAAUUUCCACAUAGAGACUGCUUCAGGGUCAUCUCCUGAAUCAAGAAACACGAAUCUAGAGCCUGACCAGCUUGUAUCACAGUAUACAUCAACAGUAACAGAAAUGAUUCAAGGGAAAGACAUGAACACACAAGGAUCUGACUCCAUGACUACUGUUAAGUCCAUAACAAAAUGCCUACGAAUCUUAAGUCCUGCUAAGAAUUGCAGACAGAGUCACACUUGACUGAUUUGAUUCUCCGAGUUGACCACCACGCUUUUAUGCAUUUGGAGAGUCUUCAACAUUAACUUAGAUCGUUUUUUUGAAUAUAUUAUGAGAACGUAUCCCUUUGGUUAGCUCCUGACUAGUUCUAAAUGUAAGUUAUAUACAUAAUUAAAUAUUUCCUCUUUAA